CAAAACCAAAAAGACUCCAAAAAAUCGGCUGAGGAUAGGGUGAGUAACAGUUGGUUACUCACCCAUCAGUAACCAUCUAGAAGCUGUUGAUUUGGACGGAUUCAUCGUGUGGCCGGGAUGGAGCGGAGAUGCUCAGGGGUAUUUUUGUUCGUUGCUUUAAUUUUGUAUUCUUUCUUUUUUUAUUUUGUCCAGCAUUUAUUAGCUGGUUUGAAUGGAGGAGAGAGAAUGCAAUCUUUCCUCUUUUUCUGAAACUCUCCUUUCCUCUUUUCUUUUUCUUUCUCUCUCCCAAUAUUCUUCUUCUCCAAAUCUGAUCUCUUCUUCAGUUCUUCCUUUUUUUCUUCAGCAAUCGACGAAAGAAAAGUGCAGCCUCCUUCUUUCAUUGCGUUUCUUCUCUUCGAGAUCCUUCUUCUCUCGAGCUGCUCCCUCCUUCUCUUCUUUUUUCCCCACCGAAAUGGAUGAGGGAAAAGUGAAAUCUCCUUCUUUCAUUAUGUUUCUUCUCUUUGGUCAAGUCCUCGACCUCAAAUUUGGUGAAGCUCCAUAUCGAUCAAGAGGGGAAAGAUCUAGGUGAGUCGAGUUUGCAUGUGUUUAUGCUUUAGUAUUCUUUUGUGGAUUUUCAAUUCCAAUCUUCCUCAUUUGUAUUUUUGUGUUCUCAAACGCGGAGGAGAAAAUGAGAGGAGGCAGAAGACGAGCAUGUGAAGUAUGUCUUAGAUGUAUAUUGUGGUCACCAUAUUAUACCAUAGUGGUAUUAUGUGGUAACUGGAUGUUUAUUGUGGUUAUCACACUAUACCAUAUGGUAAUGUGUGAUAACUAAACGUAUUUUUAAGGUUAUCACGUUUUACCAUGGUGGUAUUAUGUGGUAACUAAAUGUUUAUUGUGGUUACCACACUAUACCAUAUGGUAAUAUGUGGUAACUAAACGUAUUUUAUGGUUACCAUGUUUUACCAUGGUGGUAAGAAGGUGGUCAUCGACCCCAAUUCCGGGAAAGAAGAGUCAGAAGACAAUGAAGAGGACAAGAAAGUGAAUAAAGUCGUAAUUAGAUAUAUAUUGAGAUUACCACACUAUACCAUAUGGUAAUGUGUGGUAACUAAAUGUAUUUUUAUGCAUAUAUACCAUGUUUUACUAUGGUCGUAGAUGAUGGUAAUUAUAUUUAUAUUUGUUUUUAAAUGGUUUUACGUUCUCUUACCAUGUGGUAUUGUAUGGUAAUUAUGAUUAUUUUAUGGUCAUUCGAUUUACCAUGUAGUUAGAUUUAUAAUUUUUUUGUAACAUGGUUUACCAUGUUAUACCAUGUGGUAUUGUAUGGAGUUAGAUUUCUAUUUUUAUUUUAGCAUUUAUACCAUAUGGUAUUGUAUGGUAAUUAGAUUUGUAAUUUUCUUUAGCAUUUUUUGCCAUGUUUUACCAUGGUAGGUAGAAAGUGAUAGUGAUAUUCAUACUUGUAAUUACCCUUCUUGGCAGAGAAUUAUUAAAUGAAAAAAUCAUCAUUCAAUUUGAGUUGGAGUUGGAGUAGAGAGAGAUGAGAUUGUUGAAUUCAUAUUUGUUUUAGAGAUAGAGUUAGUGUGCAGAGAGCAUGUAAUUUUUUUCUCUCUUUUAGUUGUAGAUGGGAGAGAAGAAAUAAUUUAAUUUUUCUUUUAAUAAUAGAUAAAAGAGUGACAGAGGGAAAUGUGUGGGGGACGGGGAGUGGGGUCCACGUUCGGUCAAAAAUAGGCGUUAGGUCGUCAGCAUUUAAAUGAGGGGUGGAUGUAAAUUACCCUACUGCCCCUCUGUGUUUCAUUUAAAUAAAAGGGAACGGCUCAGAUGCAGACACGUGGAGGAUGGAGGAAGGGGUUACACACGGUUACUGAGGAUAGGUUUACUAACCUGAUCCGGACCCCAAAAAAUCCCCACAUCUAGGUUAAUUUUUUUCCAGAAUUGUGGACUCCUUUCCUUUUGCAAAACAAAACAUUCGUGCUUAUUCUCCCGCAUUUAUUCCCCGCCUCCCCAAUUCUAAAAUUUGGCUCCUGAAAUAUUUGUCUCCAACUUAAACUUUUGGCGUUCCCCCGCAUUUAUUCCCCGCCUUCCCACUCUUGAAAUAUUUGGCUCCAUAAAAACUUUUUGGUGCUACCCCAAUUUAAUUUACCAAGGAAAGAUAAAAUUGGCAUUACGCCAUUACCCGGGAUUUUUCCAGAAAUAGCACCUUUAAAAAAAAUAAUUACAAAAAUAGCACCCAUCCGUAAAAAUUUACACUAAUAGCACCCUUUUUAAUAGAACGCACCUUGUAGAUGCGUUUUAUAUAUAAAUCGCACCCUAAGGGUGCGUUUUACAAAUAGAUCGCACUAGUAAGGUGCGUUCCAAUUUUCUGGACUCAAAUCGCAUUUUGGCCAAGCGGUUUUAGGUCUGACCUACUGAAACCGCUUGGCCAAGGUGCGGUUUUAGGUCUGACCUAUUAAAACCGCAUCAUAAAGGUGCGGUUUGUUUCUCCCAAACAAAACCGCAUCGUCAUGGUUCGAUUUUGCCAUACAAACCGCACCUUGAAGGUGCGGUUUUGGUCAAUCAAUUUCCGACAUGCCAUACAGACGUAACAGACGUGGGUCUGCAUGGGCCUGCAUGGCAGACGAAAACCGCACCUCUAAGGUGCGGUUUUCAUCAGUGAUUUUGCCUAUAAAAGGCCUCCCGGACAACCACUUCUCUUCACACCUCUCCUUCUCCCUUUUCAAUUUUCUGUUGUAGCUCUAUAUUUCUUUAGUAGUUUUGCAAUUAACGUUAACUCGUAAGUUUAUUUAGUAUUACUUUUUAUUGUUAUUUUUUAUUUUUGAUUUUUAUGAUAUUAACUGAACUACGGUUUUAUCGCAGAUGGCAUUCCAAAAGUUCACGCUUGGCUUACGGUGGAAUGGUUACACGGAAGAGACCGGAAAGGGGGUCACCUACGUAGGUGGCAAUUUUCAGAAGAUAAAGGUCACCACCAGACCGCUGCUUGAAGACCUCCAUAAAAUGUGCACUAACGUUACUUGCAUGGAUGGCACGAGAAGAGUUGAUCGUAUGGUGUACCGAUAUCCAAACAGAGAAAGUGGGUCAUUGUGGCAUGAGGAAUAUCUCAUAACCACUCAGGAUGAGGUAGACGCCAUGCUCGAAUUCAUGAGGUCCAACAAUCUUUCCAAAGCCGAGAUGUUCGUUUACACCGAGCCGGUCGUAGGCGUUGGAGGUCAUUCUGGACACGGUCAAACAUCUGGUAUCCAUGGUGGAGGUGAAUUAUAUGGCGAUCAACCCUACCAAAGUUACCAUGAUCCUCAUUCAUAUUUUCAGUACCAAGGGCAAGGUGAAGGUCAUCAUCAAUCAUAUGAAGAAGAAGUUCAACCGGACCGGCCCAACCAACCUCAGUACAACUUCCACUCAGGCAGCGGUAGUUUUCACAACUACCAUUAUGGAGCUGAUGAAGGUGCCUUUCAUGAGCUGGAUCAGAUGGAGGAUGUCAUGCCAGCACCAGUCAGUGACCCCUCCGAUGAAGAAGGAGAGAACAACGUCAGUGCAGACAGCUCCGACCCUCUUGAAGGUGCCGAUGAUUCAGGACCAGAGUCAGACUCAGCUAAUGAUGAUGAGGGUGCUCGUGACCGUGUACCAAUCCCCUACUACAAUCACAUUCCAGAUGACAAUUGGAUGGUCGAUAGCGACAUGGAGCCGCCAGAGAUCCCAAUAUGGGGUCCACUCACUGGGUUUAUGAAGGGCCAACAAUUUGGCUCGAAGAAGGAGGUGUGUCACGCUAUUGAGACAGAAGCAAUGACUCGACAUUUUGAAUGGCACACAACUCAUUCCAACACUAAAAGGCUCAUAGUCAGAUGCCGUAAUCAUCACGAUGGGUGCAAUGUUAGGAUUCGGGCCAUCAACAGCAAGAGACACGGCCACUGGGUCAUAUCUCGUGUGGUGAACACACACAUAUGUGUGUCAUCCAUAACUUCCCAAGGCCAUCGACAGUUGAAAUCCAGGGUGGUUGCUGCGGCUAUCAAGCAUCUAAUUGAGCAAGAGCCAGACCUAAAGGUGAAAGUCAUAAUCGAUGACAUUGCAAGUCGUUAUGGUUAUAUGAUUAACUAUAAGAAGGCGUGGCAUGGAAAGCAGAAAGCUCUGGCCGCCGUCUUUGGUGAUUGGGAAGAAUCAUAUGCAUUCCUUCCCAGGUUAAUUUUGGCAUUGGAGGCGUCUAACCCUGGCACGGUUUUCUCCCCUCGAUACCAAGAUGAAGAGAUACAACCCCCAGAGCCAGGUAACAAGCGCCAUUUCAGACGACUUUUUUGGGCAUUCAAGCCAUGUAUUGAUGGUUUUGGCUUCUGUGUCCCUGUCAUCCAAGUGGAUGGAACAUUCCUUACCGGCAAGUACAAGGGCACUCUCCUGAUUGCCAGUGGGGCGGAUGCAAACACACAAGUCUUUCCUUUAGCCUUCGCCAUCGUUGAGGGAGAGAAUGCUGAUAGCUAUGGAUGGUUUUUCCGGCAAAUUCAGCAACAUUGUACUAGGAAGACAAACCUGACAAUAAUCUCUGAUCGGCACGCCGGCAUUAGAGCUGCCAUCUUAGGUUUAGAUCCAGCCUGGAAGUGGUCCCAAAGGUGUUGCAUACGACACUUCAAGAGCAACUGGAACCAUCAUUUCAAGCGGAAGAAGCUUGCUGAUAAUUUGUGGUGGAUUGCGGUUGCCUACCAAGAGAAAAAAUUUCUGGAGAAGAUGCAGAAGUUGCGCGAGUUAUGCCCUGAAGGGGCACAGUGGCUGGAUGGACAUGACCUAUCCAUGUGGACAUUUUAUAAAGAUGGAGGGACAAGAUGGGGUAUUGCCACAACGAACUGAGGUGAGAGUAUCAACUCUGUCUACAAGGCCGUUCGUGCACUGCCAAUCUCUGCCAUUGUGGAGAUGACUUUUUGGAAAACGAAUGCAUGGUUCGUCAACCGACUCCACUGGGCAAGGACGAACGAGGCACAUGGUAAGGUCCAUGCCUAUAAAGUCAUGGAAGUAAUGGAGAAUGAAAAUCGCAAGAGCAGUCGACAUAGUGUAACCGUUAUGAAUCGGGCAAAUGGCGAGUAUAGCGUGACGACCGGGCAUCGGGAGGAUGGUAGACGGGGGGGCCACCGCCAUGAAGUUUUGGUCAAUUUCAGGACAAAAGUUGGUGAGUGCUCAUGCCAGAAGUAUCAAGGGAGAGGGUGGCCUUGUUCUCAUGCAAUGGUCGUAAUUAAAAACAGGAGCAAAGACCCCCGUCACUUCGUUAGUCCGUUCUUCAAUAUCGACUCACUCAAAAACACCUAUGGACGGAGUUUCCGUGCAUUGCCUGAUGAAGUUUAUUGGCCGAUGUACGAAGGAAAAUUGAUCAUCCCGCCGUUCGGACAGAGGCGUGAACGGGUCGCCCGAGGAAAAAGAGAAUUCAGAACGAAAUGGAUCAAAGUGGAAGACCACCACGAGGCCCAAGACGAUGUUCAAUAUGCAAAGUUCCAGGACAUGAUAAACGAAGAUGUCCAGGCCCGAUUGGUCCACAAAAUCCGGGUCCUGAUGUGCCGGACUCAGCUAAUGCGACAUAGUUUGCUUUUAUCAUUUUUUUUCAAGCUAGUUGAGACUCUUACUUUGCAAGUAAUUGUGUAUUGUUGAUUGAACGAAACGUGUAUUGUUGCUUUUAUCGUUCAUUGGCUCGAAUUUGGGUUAGAACCCAGAAUUUUCAAUCCAAUCUCUUCUCUCCACUGUAUUGUUGAUUGAACUAAUUGGGAUUACAUAAAGAUAAAAGGCAUAGUUCCAAGGGGAUAGAAAUAAAACCAAAUUGAAACAACAAUCAAUUCGAUAAACUAAGAUAAUAGGA